GAGCCCAGAGGUGGCUGUGCAAACUCAAGAUCACAGGCGGGACGGGGGUCGGUGCAGCGCAGCGUCCCCGCCCUGCGCCAGCAACCAGCGCCUCCCGUCCAGUGCCCACCGCGGGCGCCACGUCCCCGUCAGCGCUGGCAACCUGUCACCGCCGAGGACGUGACUCCGAGCUGCCUCCGCUCUCUCCAAGCCCUAUUCCUUUAAGAUGAUGUAAUAGUCAUUUCCCUGGAUGGUUUCUUGCCUGCACUGCUCACACAACAGCAUCCGAACUGCUCCUGGCACCGUGGGACCUCCUAGCUCCGGAGCUCAUCUCCCCGCCGCCCGGGCUUCUUCUCGCUCCCCUACCUGGCGGGGAUAUGGGCGUCCCUUUGCCCUUGCCGGCAGGUGGGGUGGCUGCUGCGACCCUGGCUGGGCGCAUCUGUCUGUCUCUCUGCCUCUGGGCUCUCUGAACGCCUCAAAGUCCAGUUACCUCUUGCAACUCUCCCAGGUGUAAAGGAUCUGCUCUAAAGGUUUUGAUUUUGAUUUUUUUUCUCUUCCUGCCGAAGGUUUGGUUGAAUAUUUUUUUUUCCUUUGCUUCACUUCUUCGACUCAGCCUCCUUCUCACGGUUCAACUUUUUUUUUUUUUUUCGAUCCAUUUUAACUAGAGAUUUGGGAGUGAAUACGUACACACACACAUACAUAUACACAAACGUACUUUUCCGAGCGCGUAAGUGCGGGAUCGUUUAUUUUCCGAGAGCACACCUCUCUGGCACUUUUCACUGAUACCUCUGUCCUUUACCUGUGUGGGAUUUGACAAGACCCAGUGUGGCUGUGGUUUCCGAUUGCUCUGGAAAAGGUUAUUUCUUCGCAAGAACUAAGUCUCCAGCACUCGCUAAGACAGACCUCUGAGUAACUGGGCACUCGGCCUUCUUGCCUACCCGGCCUAAUGGAAGAUCGAAUGUAGACAAGCUGAUUAUUACAUUCUGUGAAGUAGUAGCUCAUGACCAGACAGCUUUAAACUUCCUGUCCAACAUUACUUCACCUGUGGACUCUCCUAAAAUUUGCUUUGUUGGGGGAAUAAAGAGCAAAACCGGGGUAAGAGGAGGUCAUUUUUGAACAAGUUAGCACCUUUUCCCUCCCUUACAACUGGAUGCAAAGCCUGAGGCUGUGACUCUGUCGUCGGAUUGUACCUUUAAGUCCAGGAAGCUGCACAAGAAAGGGACAAUGGCUCUGAGUGGGAACUGUAGUCGUUAUUAUCCUCGGGAUCAAGGGGCUGCAGUUCCCAACUCCUUCCCCGAAGUCAUAGAGCUGAAUGUUGGGGGCCAGGUUUACUUCACCCGCCAUUCCACAUUAAUAAGCAUCCCCCAUUCCCUCUUGUGGAAAAUGUUUUCCCCAAAGAGAGACAACGCUAACGAUCUAGCCAAGGACUCCAAGGGAAGGUUUUUCAUUGACAGAGAUGGCUUCCUGUUCCGUUAUAUUCUGGACUAUCUCAGGGACAGGCAGGUAGUACUGCCUGAUCACUUUCCAGAAAGGGGAAGGCUGAAAAGAGAGGCUGAGUAUUUCCAGCUCCCUGACCUCGUCAAGCUCCUGGCCCCCGAGGAAGUCAAGCAAAGCCCGGAUGAAUUCUGUCACAGUGAUUUUGAGGAUGCCUCCCAAGGAAGCGACACAAGAAUCUGCCCCCCUUCUUCACUGCUGCCUCAUGACCGCAAGUGGGGUUUUAUUACUGUGGGCUACAGGGGAUCCUGUACCUUGGGCAGAGAGGGGCAAGCAGAUGCCAAGUUUCGGAGAGUUCCCCGGAUUUUGGUUUGCGGAAGGAUCUCCUUGGCAAAGGAAGUCUUUGGAGAAACUUUGAAUGAAAGCAGAGACCCAGACCGAGCCCCAGAAAGAUACACCUCCAGAUUUUAUCUCAAGUUCAAACAUCUGGAAAGAGCUUUUGAUAUGUUGUCAGAGUGUGGAUUCCACAUGGUGGCCUGUAACUCCUCCGUGACAGCAUCUUUUGUCAACCAGUAUACAGAGGACAAGAUCUGGUCGAGCUAUACCGAAUACGUCUUCUAUCGUGAGCCUUCCAGGUGGUCCUCCCCUCACUGCGAUUGCUGCUGCAAGAACGGCAAAGGGGACAAAGGGGAGAGCGGCACCUCCUGCAACGACCUCUCCACUUCCAGCUGCGACAGCCAGUCAGAGGCCAGCUCUCCCCAGGAGACGGUGAUCUGUGGUCCUGUAACGCGCCAGAGCAACAUCCAGACUCUGGACAGGCCCAUUAAGAAGGGCCCCGUGCAGCUGAUCCAACAGUCGGAGAUGAGGCGGAAAAGUGACCUGCUCAGGACUCUGACGUCGGGCUCCAGGGAGUCGAACAUAAGCAGCAAAAAGAAAGCUGCGAAGGAAAAGCUCUCCAUUGAAGAAGAGCUGGAGAAGUGCAUCCAGGAUUUCCUGAAGAUAAAAAUUCCAGAUCGCUUCCCCGAGAGAAAACAUCCUUGGCAGUCUGAACUUUUACGGAAGUACCAUCUAUAGGGGAGGGCUGGGGAUAGUCACCAUUUUGAAAUAAACCUCCCCAAAGGAAGACAUAUGUUAAAGGAAAAUGACAACUAAUGAUCCACAUUUGUUAGAACACAAUAGUCCAUUGAUGUACUACUGCCUACUUUAACUAGCUCACCGUAACGUGUAAAUCCACAGGGUAGAUUUCUUUUCAGAUGUGGAACCAGAAGCGCGCUCCUGUGUUGUCCUUUGUCUUUUAUUAACUUGGUCCCAUGUGCUGAGAGUCUUACACACAAUGAAAGCUGGCUACAUGUGAGUAGCUCACGGGCUUUGGGAGUCAUCUAUCCCAAACCGUUUUAUUCUUUUUUUUCCCUCUCAUUUUCUGCCUCCUUCCUUUGGUCAAGGAUGGGGAAAGAGAUAUGAUCCAGUGGCAUAUAUCAAGAUUUUUAAUUUUUUCUUUCCUUUUGUUUACGGGGUGAGGGGGGGAGAAUGGCAGAUGUGUAUGAUUUUUCACUUAGAUCUCUAUGUGCCAGUUUCUAAUGACUCUGUAUGCAUGAGCACUUGUGCAACACAAGCACAAUAUAUGUCUGUAUAUAUGCACAACAGAUGCACAUGACCCAGGGGCUGGACAGCAAAGGACUGACACCCUGCUGCCGGCUGCCCCCACAAGAGCACGUCAGACAAAGGAACCUCUGCCUCUUUAUUCAAACCCUCCUGGGCAGAUUUUCCAGCCUCCCUUGGCAACACUUUCUAAUGCUGAGUAGGCUCCCAUCAUCAAGGAAUUCUCUUUCUUAUUUUGAAGUGAAUACCCCCUCCCCAGGCUCCUUUGCACUGCUGUGCUCUUUCCCUACAUUAGGAGACAGGGAGAUGAGCUAGUGGAACACUGUUGGUGUUUUAAGAAACUAGCAAAUAUUCUCAUCCAUAAACACAGCUUUGAGAUGCCCUGCACUCAGCCUUCUCCAUUCUUAUUUGAUGAUCACCAUUCUCUACCUGAAUCAGAGUUCUAAUUUGCCCACAUUUUUCCUGAUGAGGCCUUUUGUAUAAUUCAGGCAAGUCCUUUGCAUCCUUAUGAGUUGUGAAGCUGUGAACAACACACAAUAAUUGAAGAUGCAUCCAGCCUUCAGUUUGCUUGCUUUAGAGGAUUUGUACCCCCACAUGCUUCCUAAUUUCUCAUACGAACUUUAAACUACACCUGUACAUUGUUGCUUGCUUAUAGCCAGGCUUGGUUGCCUUUGGGAUCCUGGGGUUUGGCUGUGGCCAUACUAUGGUUUAGUUGUACCAUUUCUAAAAUGUCUGUAAUGACCCAAGUGGGUGGGGCUGGAACACAAAAGUUAUGAAUUUGACUUUUUAAGCUUUUUAAAAAAAUAUAUUCCUGACCUGUAUAGAUACAGUCCAAAAGAAAUUGUUAACAAUGUCUAUCCACAUGACUCUUGUCUUCUAUUAAUCUCUCAAUAGUUCUUUUGUUCACUUGUGCUAAAUGAACGUCCAAAGACAACUUUUAAUUUUCAGCAUUCCUCACACAUCUCAGUGGUAACUGAAAAAAUGAUUUGUCACUAUAUUGUGCCAAACAUUCCUAAUUUUUUGGUGUGUGUGUGUGUGUGUGUGUGUGUGUGUGUGUGUGUGUACAUGUGUGCACACAUAUGUGUAAUUAGCACAGGUAAUAAAGACAACCAGACAAUGUCUAUGGGAGGAAAAUCUGAUGACCAGUUUCUUCUUUCUGAAAACCUUCAUUUAGGUACAUUUAUUAUUUAAGAAUCUCCUCGUUGAUUUAUUGGUACCCGUUAAGUUAGUCUUUCUGAAUUUUUUGUAAUUCUUUACUACACAGGUGGAUAAUAGGAUAAGGCAAUACUUUCUUGUCCUGAUGCUUCAGAGAGUUUAAAAUUUUAUUUAAAUGAAAAAGGAAAGUUUGCUUGGGUGCUGAGUUGCCAGGAAAAUUAUCAUUUAUAAAAGUAUUCUUUUUUGUAUUAAUAUUUUAGCAGAUAGUUGAUGGAUAGCUUUGUGUAAAGCCUACUAAUGCAUCUUCAUUCUGUGUUUCUUGAUGGUACAUCAAAGACACCAUCAUAGUAACUAUAGAAGAUACUGAGAAGCAUCAUGGAUCUUAAUGGAUCAGAAGACAGAGGAUGUAAAUUACUGACCAGAUGAUCAUUGACUCACUGAAAUGGCUUUCAGAGAAUCUGAGAUUUGAAUAAAUUGGCCAAAGUCCCAAGUUUCCUUAAAUUUCAGCCCUAAUCAUAAUUGUAUCAAGACAGUGAGCUACUCAAGAAGUGGGCUGGUCAUCAACCCAUAGUUACUACUUCUGUUUUCAAAUAGGAAAUAAAAUGUUAUACCCAAAGUAUUAUAACAAUGUUCUGCAGGCUCUGUUGUUAAGUAAUUUCUUUUUUCUUCCCAGAUACUCUGUACCCACAGCAAACAACCUUAGUAGUAGAAAUCUGUUGAAAAACAACAACAUAUCACUUUCAUUUUGGGCUACCUGUAAAAUGGCAUCUGCUCUGUGGUCAAAUGUUUAAACAGAAAAGACCAAAAGCAUGGCAUUCACUUGUGAGGGUGUUGACAUGUUCAGCAAUAGAGCCCGGGUUAGUAGAAGGCUUUGAGGAGGCACCAAGAACAUAAAGUCUUAGGUUCCCUUUGGCAUGGAGUUAUCUAGCGUGCUCCUUGUAGUCUUCAACACACUGGGAAUAAUCUUCGGAUAAGUGAACCAUGAGAUUAAGCAUUCUGGUAUCCCUGGCUUCUGAGCCCUAAGUUCAGUUAUGGACAGAAUAAUAUUAUAUACAGUCCAGUUCUUGAAUGUGGAUUUUGACAGGAGCUGCACAUUGUUGCUAUCAAGAAAUGAAUAGUAUUGGAUGGUCAAAUGAAUGAGACUUGACAUGUGUAUAGACUGAAUUUGGGCUGCCUUCUCUGAAAUCUUGUAAGGCUAAAUUCUACGAACUUGGGGAGGUCAUUAAAUAGAUACGUAGUCUCCUGAAGUCAGGGACAUAUUUAUAAAGUCCUCCUAUCCACUAUUAAGAAGGGAACACUAUGCAAACAACAGAGGGAAAAGGAAAACACGUGUUAACAUAAUUUAUAGUUACCUCUUCCACUGCUCAGAAAAAAAAUGCACUGAUGUAGUCAUGAGUGACCCUGUGAAGUGGCUUCCAAAAUACACUGUGAUGUAUUCCUGUGCACAUCAGCAUAGCUGUCCUAUUGGACAUGCAUGCAUGCUGCGUUUUUAAAAGGGAGGAAGAGUGUAAUGACAAAUGUGCCUAUCACUUGGCCUUGCUUGAUUCAGAAGCAUCCUUUCUCACAGAUGGCAGGUGUCUGUUCAUUAUUUAUUCUCUUAGCCACCCCUGCUUAUGAUUCUGGAUUAUGUUUGCUUCUCCAGACUCUCCAGUCCUCUGAGUAUCUUUUUUUUUUUAAUAAGCAGAACACGCUCCAAGGAAGGAAAAAAAUGGCAGAUACAAUAUUUAAAAAAAAAUUACUCCAGUACAGUUCCUACAAUGAAAGUCAAAAUUUGAUUCUCAAACUUUUCUUUGCUAUCACUUCAAUUUUCCAAUUUGGUGUAUAGUAGAGUAGACCAACCCAGAAGAGCUGAGAGUUGGCAUUCUCUACCAUUGGAUACAUUGUCAUGGAAUUUGAGUAAUGGUGGCCUUAUGUUUGAUCUUUGCUAGAAUUAAUAAGAUAUUUUCUGUGAACUUAUAGGAUGAAUUUUUUGUCAUUUCUACUUGACAUAACAAUUUUCUAAGGAAAAAUGAAGGGAAUUAUUUUCCCCCUGGUGACUCUGUGGCAGAUAAAUGUUUUUGCCAAUUUGCAUGCUGAGUUAUAGGUUUUAGCAUGGGCCAUUUCUCUCUUUAAUGUCUUGGUAUUGUUGGCAUCUUGCAAUCUUGAUGGCCUACUGUUCCAAUUUAUUUAUUUUCUCUUAUAGUGUCAAAAGAACACACGAGAGAAAGAAUCAGAGUGAGCAGUGUGUAUUUGGACCUACAAUGGAGUUAGAUGUCAUUGGUAAGGGACUAUACAAUGAUAGAUAUCUGCAAAGAAAUUAGAGGAAAUGAAACAUGCUGGAAUGAGUUUGAUUUAUAUUGCCUUCAUCACUUUGGUUCUAGAUGAAAUGGUUAUUACUCCCCAUCCCUGUGGAAAGAAGAGUCUUCAGCUCUAAUAACUACAGCCUUGUGAUGCAGCCACAGUAUUUGCUUUGAAAUGUCUGCUCUUCUCAUUUUGCUAUGGACACUGGAAAGGGGAUUUUCCCCCAGUGAUCAUUGCUGCAAACACUUUUGUAGUUUGGUAUUCAUCACACAUUAAAUCCACUUAUGGCACUUUCUGAAAAGGAGAUCCCCUUAUGUAGACUUCAGAGUCAGAUUCGUAAAACUUGAAGCAGGGCCAGGGAAUCUGCAUUUUGAACUAGUAUCUUUAAUAAUUUUGAUAGUCCAAGGACAACACCUCAAGAAAUGCUAUUGAGUAACUAAGGAGAAGUCAACAUAUAAUUCAAAGCAAGUGCCUUUCACUGUCUAUGAAAGGUCCAUAAAAUCAUGCUUCGGGACUAGGCCACAGUAUGUCUCCAAAAUCCCUUUAUCACUUCAUCUGCCAUUCAACCAAAGUCUUCUUCCCAUAAGGUCUAUGUUUGUGCCUUUUCCUGGAGUCGGAAAGCCUAUAUCAUUACAGCUUUAUCUUUUGGCAGAUGGGCCUCUGCUCCUCAAUCAGAAAGCCUGCAUCAUUAUAGCUUUAUCCCAGGUGGAUGGGGUUAUCUCUGAGAGAAGCGUAUUUUAAUAAUACCCAACAGGGAAUGAAAGUAAUGAUGCUUUUUGUGCCAGCUGUUCAUUUUAUUACUCAGUUUGGGUCAAAGGAGCCAGAAAGUAAUCCAUAAUUUAAUGACUAUGCUGCACCAAAGAUGGUUCCAUUGAUGAAAUACACAGAUAACACCAAUGCAAUGUAGAAUAAUCAAUGGAUUCAGCUGUUUAAUCAAUACAAUCCUGAACCAUUGAAUUACUUGCUUUGUCCAGUUUAACGUAAACAGGAUAUGAGGCUCAUGGAUGAUGGAGAUUUUUGAAUCAUAAUGUUAACCAAAAAUGUAAAUGAAAAGCCUAUGUAUAAGAAUAAGCAUACGAGAAAGGACAGAAGGAAUUAAAAAUGGUGACAACCCAACUGUAAGGACACAAAGGAAGUGAAGUGCUGUAAUUUUCCCUAGUGAUUCUACCAGAAGAGACUGCCACACCAUAAUCUCUCUCUCUCUCUCUCUCUCUCUCUCUCUCUCUCUCUCUCUCUCUCUCUCUCCCCCCCUCCGUUGUCUGUCUGUCUGUCUGUCUGUCUGUGUCUGUCUGUCUUUCUCUCAUACACACAUACACCACAGAGGUUGGAAGGUUAUAAUGACUCACCCACUUGACCCUAGCACAUAACAGAAGAAUAACUGGAUAAAUGACAAAUGCCCUUAUGGAACAGGAAGUAGGAUAAUUAACUUGUCGUGAGCAUUAAAGAACAUUUAAAUAAAUACAAAAGGAAGUGAGAAACAGCUAAUGAAAUAGAUGACCUUGAGCAGCUAACUUAGAUUAUUUGGUCAAUAUAAACACACACACACACACACACACACACACACACACACACACACACACACAUACACAUAGAGACACACACACACAAAUAGUUCAAUUUGUUUCAGUCUGUUGCUUUCCCUGCUCUGCACCCAAAUGGGAAGAUGCUUUUAUUGGCCCAACUUCCUAACCUUUUUAAAAAACAAAUUCCUCUUGUUUGUGAACAAAUUGCAUUGUUAAUUGGGUAAUGAAUUUUAAGCCCUAGAAUGUCAGCCAUCCUUUAUUUAGGGAAACUAUUUUUAAAAAGAUAAAGAACAAAAUGUUCCCUAACCCAGCAAUUAUCACAUGGUUUGUCCUGGAGGAGGGUAGGGGUAAUUUUCCUGUUAAUCAGCCUUGUAAAAGCACUUAGAGGCCAACUAAGGAUUUAGUGAGUCUGAGCUUCUGUGAUCUGCUCUGUCUUGUUUAGGUUAUUCUUAGAAGGAACCUUUAGCUAUUACCUGAAUUUACACAAUAAAAACUAGCAAAAGUUUAGGUUCUCUCUCUUUUUUUUCUUCCUGAUAUUGGGUCUAUCUGUCACUGAUGGAAGCAGAACCAGAGAACUGAUGCAUUGCCAAGUAGUGAAGAGUUACUGUAAAGUUGCAUCUGUGUGUCCAUGGUAUGGGUGUACACACAGGUGUAUGCCUUGCUUUUACAUUCCUGUUCGGCCAGUGGUUAUUGAUCAUGUGAGUACAUAAGAAAAAAAUUUAAUGUAUUUUUAAAUUCUGAACAAUAGGUUAUCAUUUAAAAUAUCGACUAAUUAAUAUUGGUCCCCUGAUAUUAUUAAAACAUUACACAUGUCUAGGGUGUGGGGUGAUCAAACUCCCUGUCAUGAUGUGUAAAGUCAAGAAUGAAAUCUUACAUAAAAAUAAACAAACAAAUAGGAAAGAAAAAGAAGGUAGUGUGAGGAAUUGAACCCAGGGUCUAGGGUAGGGGGGCAAGAGCUCUAGCACUUGGUUACAACUGAAGCCCAGAAGAAUGCAUUUGGAGGAAGUUAAACUAGAAUUCAUGUCAGUCAUUAACUGUUUUUCUCCAUUGUGACCAGGGGUCAGUAGUUUAUCUUUUUGUGUGGAGACAAACAAUUUUAGAAAUUCUAUUGGUUUGAUUAGGCUGUGUGCAUUUAAGGCAGUUCCUGCCAACUAGGCAUGAUUUUGUGGCCCAGCAGUCUUUGGCAAUCCCUGCAGACAUUUUUGACUGUCAUGACUGACGGGUGCUGCUGAAAUCCAGUGAGUAGAGAUGAGAGACAGACAAGACUCCUCCAGUGCUCAAGGAAGACCCUCACAGCAAAGAAUUGUCCUUUAAAAAAAAAUCCUAAUACUGCCUAAGAUGAGAAACUUAACUAAGGAAUGCUUUACAUUUCUUUUUCUUUCUUUUAUUUUUCCCCAACAUAAUACCUCUAUGGAUUAUUUAGGAUUUCUAUACAGUGCACCCUGAUCACAUUCACCUCCCAUUCCUCCCAGGUCCACCCUCUCACCCUUGCACCCCCCUCCCACCCACACACACACAAAGAAAGAAAUACACUAAGUCCUACUUAUGUUGCCCACUCAUUGGAGCAUGAUCAAACUCCCAGUGGCCAGCCCCUAAAGACAAAUGAAUCCUUUCCCUCCCCCUGCUAGAAGCCAUGACUUCCUUUCUGCACCGUGUCUAGAAAAAAACCUCCUGGUCAAGGCACAAGCUAGGACAGAACAACAAUCACCAACUUAAGUGUAUGUGGGUUUUUAUGACGUCUGAUGCAACCGUCACUUUAUAUAGAUGUGAGAGCUGAGGUUUAGAAGAAGGAAUACACCAUCUUUUUUUUCAGGGUCAUGAAAGGGAAGUGGCAGCCUGUGGCUUAGGCAGCCAGGUGAUGUCUAGAUGAGUCUUUUUGCCUUCCUCACCCAAUUAUACUUUGUUGAUGUUGCCAGUCAGGUGAAAGCACUUUGGAGUCUUUGGGGUUUUGCAUGACUCCGCUGGAAUGCUUUCUGAGACUUUAGUAGACUACAAGGUCUCAGACACAAAAUUAGGAAGAGAGAGAAAGUUCUUAUAGUGGACCAAAGAUUCCAUCAUUUUAACUGUUCAUUGUAUACUUUAUUUAUUUGGGUUGAAUAUCCACUCAUUAACGACGGCACUUAGAUCUUGAAAAUAUGUUUCCUUGUUUCAUAGACUUGCACAGGUCUGGUUCUCAUUCCAUGUUGUCAUAGACAUGACAAGCCUCAGAAGCCCUGGAUGCUGAGCCUCAUCUAGUAGGCACAUGCCAACUCUCUGAGGAAACUUUUGUGGCCUUAAAAAAUUUGGUAUCUAUUUUAAAUUAAUCAGACCAGCAUUAGAGUGAUAGAAUAAAAAUUACCAUAUCCCCAUUUCACAAAAGGGAAACUAAAGACUGGAGAGUUUAAAUCAAUCAAUCAUAUAUUUGUUUGUGUAUGUACCCAUCAAAUAUUGGUGGAAUGCAUGCCGUGUAAACAUCACUGCAACAAACAAUAUGAACUACUCAGAAAUCCAAUUUUGGAUAAAGAACUUGAAUUCAUGUCACCCAAACAUAUUACUUCUGUAUGUUUUCUAUAUUUAUCCUAUGUGUGUAUAUUAGAUCAACAUAUUAGAAUUAUCAGUUAAAAACCAAGUUUUAAGGAAUGUCUAUCAACAAUUUGUCAUUUCAUGCCAGAAACUCUACUUGGUAUUUAACAUACCACAUUUCACUAAAUCUUAUACUAAUCUAACAAUGUACCCUCCCACACCCCCCUGGCCUCUGUCACUGCUGCUUGCCUUACAGAUAAACUCAAUACCACUCAGAGAGAGAAUGUGGCAUACAGGCCCAUAAAAACAGUGGCAGAAACACGUUUUCACCUGGGCUUAUUAUUGUAUUCCAAUGGCUAUGAACUUAACCACCCCAUCAAAUAACCGCUUUCCUUUUUAUUAUGAACUUUUGUCUAUUUCUCUUUUUCUUUUACUGUUUAAGUGAAGGGUAGCCAAUAUGAUAUCUGCCUAGCCCCGUUUCUAAAAUAAAUGGGUUAUUUAAAACCAAAACUACUAUCAGACAUGAAUUUCCAGAGGAGAUAAAGAAAAGGCAGAUUUGGAAGGCAGGUCUCUGUUCUCUCUGCCAUGGACUUUACUUUGCACUCCAAACCCUUUGGGGGGCAGUCAUAGUGCACAACUUAUGACACCUGUCCAGCCCUAAGGAAUGCUCACCCUAGGCUGGUUUCCGUACUAGGAGGGCUGUACCUGAGACUGCUUGCCAUGCUGUGUACAGGGUACCAGGACAAAACGCAAAAGACAUACACCAGGUGGGUGGCUGUGCACAUGUGUUAUACAGACAUGUAUCUAUGUACCCUUCUGCUUUCUCAUUUUGAUUUUUUUGCAAAUAUUAGUGGUUAUUUUUUAUUCAAGUCAGAUCAAAAAUACAAAUGAAUUGGCUUCCCACAGUAUCUCAUGAUUACUCUUCUGAACUGGGGUGGGGAAUAAAGCAAAAAUUGGCAGUGAAAUACACGAGUGUGUGUAAGGGGUAUGGGUAUCUGGUGUUUUGUGUGUUGGUGUAUAAAUUGCAUGUAUAUAUGUAUAUAUGUGUGUACAUCUAUCUAGAUGUAUAUAUAUAUACAAAUAGCUAUAUAUCUAUACAUAUGUAUACACAUAAACACAUAACUUGAAACUUUGAAAUUUUGAGUUUAGGAAACUAAUUAUUACAGUUUAUAUUGGUUUCCUAGAUAAUCUAUUGUAGUUCUGGUUUCCAGGAUUCUCUUCUACUAUGAAUGUAUAUAUUUAUUAAUGAUACAGAGAAUAUGAUACAAAUACCUAGAUUUAACUUCUAUGGAUAAAACUGUAUUUAAAGAAAUGCCAAACCACGGGUUGGAAUUUCAAACUAUAUGUUUCAAAAUGUUCACAACAAAAACAAAACAAAGCAGAAGGAAAGAAACAAAAUGCCACCAAACGAAAGUGGUGAUUUUUAAGAAGAAAAGAAAAAGAAAAGGACAGCAGAAACCCACUGGCUGUUGCCCAGGGCUCUCUCACUCACCUGUUGAUGAAAUUGCUCUCUCGUAGUCCAUGGGGUCUAUGCGGCCUGCGUGAUCAUGAGUGACACUGGUUAUCGGUCUAACUAUGUUGAAGUUACAACAAUCAGUUUAAAAUAUACGUAUUGUAAAUAGGCGCCAGCUCUCCAGGGCUCAUCGAGCACCCCAAACCCUCUCUAGCCUCCUGCCAAUCACCUUCUCAGCCUGUUCACACAAGUAUCAAAACGUUGUUCAGAAAAGGAGGAUCAGAGUCAGAUGAAAGAAAGCACGUCUUACUUGUUUGGAUAUCCUACAGACAGAAGAGCCAAAUGUCUAAAUUUGGGGCAAAAAGGUACACUAUGCUCUCAGUCAGAGUCAAAUGCUCUGGAGGUUGUGGGAGAAUGUGAGAAGUGUUUGAAGUGAACCUAUGCAGUCUUCCCUGGGGCUUCUUGGGAUCAGUUUGUAAGCACAUAAGCCUGAUCCUUCAAAGAAAGUCUGUUUCCCAAGCCAGGGUUCAGCUGAUAGAGCAAGAUUCCUCCUUCCUGGGGACCUAUGCGGAGGGCCCACAGAACCAAACACCAAGGUAUCCCAGUGGACAAAUUAUCUCCAUAAGCCCUCUAUAUGUGUGGUCUUGAAGGCUUGAGGAAGAAAAACCUUUUCUUCCUGCUUUUUAAUGAAAUGUUCUAAUGAAGUUUGAGAACUCUUGCAGUAAUUUUCUUUGUUCCCAACAUUUUGGAAUGGAUGGGAAGUUUUACAUCAUCCUGUCUUUGAGUUCCCUUGCAAUUUUUUCCCCAUUUAUUUAUUUUUAUUUUUUAUUUUAAAGGAAACUGAAUCAGGAGAAUUUUCUUAACACGUCCUGCCUAAUUAAGAGAAUGGCAUGGCAAUGUAGUUUUGGAAAGCACGCAGGGUGGGAAAGUGGGGGUACCAACAUUGCUCGUUACUGUCUCUUGGUAUAGGAAACUAGAUUCAUGAUUUAUUGAAAUGGUAUCCUAUCUAAAACAUUUGGAGAAACUAACUUACGAGAGCUUCACUUCAGAAGUUCCCCUGAAAUUUGUGAAUGGGAUCAGCUUCCAGUGACACUCUUCAGGCUGACAAUAGCAUUCAGCUAAGUCUGUGAUGAGUGACUGUGAUGGUGGAAGGAAGCUAAAAAAAGUUAAGCUCCCAUUCUCCACAUCUUUCACAACCAAGCAGAGCACGAGCUAGAACCCAAUAAACAGAACAGUUUCUUUAAAUUCAAUGUACGUAUUUAAAUACUAUCCGUAUCACCUUUGACCCUUCUCAACUUUGGGGCUGUGCUGAAUAGGCUACCUGAGAUCUCCAGAUACAUACAGCAGGGAUUGUCACAUUUCUCUUUGCAUCUGUCUCUGAUGCUUUGAAUGAGAUGUUACACCACAUGGAGGCAUCUGGAUUUUGCUGGAGCUAACACUGAAUGGUGAUUGACAGGGGCCUUGCUCAUGUUCCUUUUUUGCUAACCUCAUUCCAGCACUUGAUGAUGGGUCAGAUUGUUGCACAUUGAUACACAGCAAGGGACAUCCAUUGAAAUUACCUCUUUGCUUCUCCAAGGCAGUUUGCUUGUACAUAAGUGUAACGUCAACUUGUUUACAGGUUCUUUUGUGUAUAAUUGUGAUAGCGGAUUUAGCUCAAGCCCUAAGAGAAUCUGUUUACUGAAUGGUGUUAAAAUGAAUGUGCUUAUUACAGUAUAAACAUCAUUAAUUAUGGACUCACAUGAAUGCAUGUCUAUAUGUCAUCAAUUUCCAUCAGCUCAGAUAUUCAACAAGAGUCUGCAGUCUGUGAAUAGCAAAAGUACAUAAGCUGCUGUGACUGAUAACUUAGUAACUGUUUUACCUUGCUUUGUAGCACUGUAGAUCUUAGCCUGCUGUAUUUCUUUCUUGUAUAUUUGAUUUGUGAGAGAAACAUGGUUAAAAAAAGAAUACUACCAAUGUCCCAGUAGAACUGCACAGCAAUCAUUGGUCAACUCAAAAGGCAAAUACCUACAGAUGGAGCAAUAGCCUGAGCAACACAUGGGUGUAUUCAUACAUAUGUCUAUGUAUGCAAAGUCUGCAGUGCUAAUGACUACCAUCCAUCCUCACUGCCAAUGGGAACAAACUAUCUUCUUUGGAAUCACUGAUGGAUAUGGAAAAAAUCAUUUUCUAUUAACUGCUUUCAUACUUUGUUUUGUUCUUAUAGUAUGGUAGAUGAUACCGGUGCAGUAUCAGUAUUGUAAAAUUGUGUGGCAAAAACUGCAAAAGUAAUUCUGUGGAUAUAUUUUAAAUGGCAGAACAGAAACUAUAUUUCAGAUUCUUGUGUGAAUAUAAUUACAAAACUAGGUAACUAUUUUUAUGUGUUUCCAUAAUGACUCCAUUUCAUAUACAUUGUAAUUUAGCACCAAUCAUAAUAAAUCAUUUGGUAACAUUUAGUUGUUAUAUAUAUACAUAUAUUUCAAGUACAUGUAAGAGGUCAAUGAUUCAACAUUAUUUCAUGCUAACUCAACAUUUUACAUGAAAGAGAAAUAUUGUUAGAGUUAGUUUAUUUCUAGUUUGGUAUGGAAGGUGGUCAAAGAGGGGUAUAGGAAGGAGGAGAUUUGAUAAAUUGGUUAUUUGAUAUAGAGAUUUAAUAUAUUUAAUAUUAAAUUGCUAUCAGGACAAUGAGUGGAAGCCCUGCCUCUGUCUCUUAUUGAUUAUAUGAUCUUGCAAUAAUUAUUAUUAUUUAUGAAAUAUCAUCAGACCCUGGUUUCUUCAUCUGUAAAUGUAAAGAUCAUAAGAUUCUUGUGAUAAUUAAAUCAGAUAAUCCAAAGAGAUAAUUUAUCAAGGUGUCUGACUCAUCAAAUAGAUACAAUAAUAAUUCAUACAGCCUCAUUCCUACCACUCUGAAAAUGCCAAUUUUAAAGUGAGGUUUGGCUUCAGCACUCUAAAUGUCUGAAUAUUUUUAUUUAUCUUCUGUUAGUAAUUUAUGAAAUUGCCUAUAAAUAUUCAUUAUGAUUUUCAAUCAAAGGGGGAAAUUACAGAAGAAAAGUAUUUCCUCAGUUACAAAUUUUAAAAAUAACUUGGUUUUUUGCUAUGGUGCAAUGUGUCCAGCAGAACGCUUUCCCCUAUAACACACACUCAAAAAUGGAAAGGAUUGGACGGUGCACAGUUUGAGAAAUAUACUAUCUUUCAUGCAUCCCACUUUGUAAUUUCAAAGUCUUCUUCAUAAUAUUUAAUGUGACCUCUAUGGAUUUUUCAGUAAAGAAUCUUUUCAAACUUG